CUACAGCCUGCGGCGCUUGUGGAGCAUGCGGUGCCACCGCUUGCGGCGCUUGUGGAGCAUGUGGCGCCACCGCUUGUGGAGCAUGUGGUGCCACCGCUUGUGGAGCUUGUGGAGCAUGCGGUGCCACCACUUGCGGAGCUUGUGGAGCAUGCGGCGCUACCGCUUGCGGCGCUUGUGGAGCCUGUGGCACUUGUGGUGCAUGCGGAGCCUGCGGUGCUGCUGCCUGUGGCGCUUGUGGAGCAUGUGGUGCCACCGCUUGUGGUGCUUGUGGAGCAUGCGGUGCUACAGCCUGUGGAGCAUGCGGGGCUGCUUGCGAUGUUCUGCGCCAUGAAUCUCACGGUGAUGAACGGCGCCACGCCCGUGAGCAUUUCCCAAUGCAACCUGCCUGGCUACUCGAUCGUCAUCGAUUCAAAGCAGGAUCUGACCGAGGUGUCUUACGACAUCUCGGGCGGUCGCAUGAAGGCUGAUUUCCAUCGCAAGCUGAACACAGGCGAUUGUACUGACUUGGUUCUGACCGCAGACACUCCGCUCUACAUCAUCAUGGCCAUGGGUGCCAAGGACAACCUGAACGUGGUGGCACAUGGCUUGUCAGAGACACACAACGUUGUUUGCAUGGGCACGAUGAUGGAGACGAUCGAGUGCAAGCCCCCGAGCGAGUGGGCAGAUCAGCCACCCACUGCGCCCGACAGCACUUCCUCCGCAGCUUCCAUUGGUUUGGGAUUGGCGGGCGUCUUCCUGGCCUUGCUGUGA